AGAAGCGGAACGCGGUUGAGCUGGGGCAGGUUUCCCCGCCGGAUCGAAAGGCAGAGUGCACCGAGUGUCGCUGGAGCAGCGCCUCCGUGUCACCUGCUCUCGCGACAUGGCCUUCAACUUUGGGGCUCCCUCGGGCACCUCGGGCACCGCUGCAGCCUCCGCGGCCCCCGUGGGUGGAUUCGGAGGAUUUGGGACAACAUCUACCACAGCAGGUUCUGCAUUCAGCUUUUCUGCUCCAACUAACACAGGCACUACAGGACUCUUUGGUGGCACUCAGAACAAGGGUUUUGGAUUUGGUACUGGAAUUGGCACAACUGGAACUAGUACUGGUUUGGGAAUUGGACUGGGAUUUGGAGGAUUUAACACACAGCAGCAGCAGACUACAUUAGGUGGUGUCUUCAGUCAGCCUGCACAAGCUCCUACCCAGUCCAACCAACUGAUAAAUACUGCAAGAGCUCUUUCUGCUCCAAUGCUAUUGGGAGAUGAGAGAGAUGCUAUUCUGGCAAAAUGGAAUCAGCUUCAGGCCUUCUGGGGAACAGGAAAAGGAUACUUUAACAAUAACAUUCCACCAGUGGAAUUCACGCAAGAAAAUCCUUUUUGCCGAUUUAAGGCAGUAGGUUAUAGUUGUAUGCCCAAUAACAAAGAGGAAGAUGGGCUAGUGGUUUUAGUUUUCAACAAAAAAGAAACAGAUAUUCGAAGCAAGCAACAGCAAUUGGUAGAAUCAUUGCAUAAAAUUUUGGGAGGAAACCAGACCCUUACUGUAAAUGUAGAAGGUAUUAAAACAUUGCCAGAUGAUCAGACGGAAGUGGUCAUUUAUGUUGUUGAGCAUUCUCCAAAUGGUACUUCAAGAAGAGUCCCAGCUACAACAUUAUAUGUCCAUUUUGAACAAACCAAUAUAAAAACACAGUUGCAGCAACUUGGUGUAACCCUUUCUAUGACUAGAACAGAACUUUCUCCUGCACAGAUCAAACAGCUUUUACAGAAUCCUCCUGCUGGUGUUGAUCCUAUUAUCUGGGAACAAGCCAAGGUGGAUAACCCUGAUUCUGAAAAGUUAAUUCCUGUACCAAUGGUGGGUUUCAAAGAACUUCUUCUAAAACUGAAGGUUCAAGAUCAGAUGACUAAGCAGCAUCAAACCAUAUUAGAUAUAUCUGAAGAUAUUAGUGAAUUACAGAAGAAUCAAACUACAACUAUGGCCAAAAUUGCACAUUACAAGAGGAAACUCAUGGACCUUUCCCACAGAACCUUACAGGUCCUAAUCAAACAGGAAAUUCAGAGGAAGAGUGGGUAUGCCAUCCAGGCUGAUGAAGAGCAGUUGCGAGUUCAACUAGAUACAAUUCAGUGUGAACUAAACGCACCUACUCAGUUUAAGGGCCGACUAAAUGAACUGAUGUCUCAAAUCAGAAUGCAGAAUCAGUUUGGGGCAGUCAAAUCGAAAGAAAGAUACAACAUAGAUGCAGAUCUGUUACAAGAAAUCAAGCAGCAUUUGAAACAACAACAGGAAGGCCUUAGCCACUUGAUCAGCAUCAUAAAAGAUGAUCUAGAAGAUAUAAAGUUGGUAGAACAUGGAUUGAAUGAAACUAUCCACAUCAGAGGUGGUGUAUUUAGUUGACAUUUCAC